AUGGAUCGGCCGCCCGCGCCUUCCGUCGUCCCCGAACCGUCUCAGACAGAGCGGUCCGUCGAGAGCGCAGUUCACCAGCCCGUUAGGGCCAUCGUUGAGACCGUGGCUCGACCUGCCGACGAACAGCGCCCAGGUCGGCAAUCUUGGUACCCACGAGAAUGGCUCGAGGGCACCCACGACGAUGCGAUAGACAGCGACGGCGAGGACGCUCCCCCGACCGCCAGUGCUCGUGACAACCGUGUUCGACUAGCCAGAGCAGCGCCACUAAGAAGAGGCCGAGUCCUGAACGACGACGAAGCCGAAGACCGGGCACCGAAGAGGGCACGGUCUGUGGUCUCAGCCAGCACCAUCGACAUCCGGCGUACCUUCGGCGGGAGCCUCGACCCCCCUUCCGAGUCCUACAGCACGACCUCGCAGGCCCAAUGCGGCCGGUGGCGUAGUCGAGAAGCGCUGCCGUACGCCCGACUUGCUAUUCGUGAUGAACGUCGGCCCGUCGACAACAUCGAAGAGGACAAGAAGAGGAUUAAGCCGUACGAAGGGAUGAUGAGCCAGCUCAUGCCGGCCGCGGUGGACUUCCGGCGGUAUCCCGAAACAAGGCUGAUGAGCUCCGAGUUCGAUUGGCAGAGGUUACGGAAGCUCGUCGAGGCCUUCGGCGGCUACGAGGACAGCAAGACCAUCCUGCAGGCCACGCUCCAUUCAGAGGACCGGGUGAUGGGGGCAGGAAGGCUGUCCCACGAGGGAGAAUUCCACCAGGCGAUCGCGAAGAUGAUCGACAUCGCCGGAUGGGAUGACCAGAACACGGCGCACGCCCCAGAAAUCGCCGUAACAUGGGUGCUCCGGGACGGGGACGGCGAGCGCGACCUGUACGAUCCAUUCCAGCAAGUCUUGGACCCGCCGCCACGGAACGGAGGCGAAGAGGAGGGCAUACAGCAGGACAGUGCAGCAGCUGCGGCCGUUGGUGACGCCGAGCACCCGUCCAGCCCCCCGCCCCGCGACGUUGGAGAAAGAGCGGCGCAGGAAACGCCUGGCGGGCAGAGCCAACCGAUCGAAGUUCACGACGAUUCGCCGAGCCCCGAGCCGCGAAGCGGUUCCGGCAGCGAGGCCGAGGGGACGGUUGGGGAUGGCGCCGUCUCGCUGCUAGACUCCGACAACGAGAGCGAGGACACAUCCGAACCGGCGGACAAGGUGACGGCGUCACGACAACGCCUCGACGCCCUGGCUGGCCUGGGCGGCGAUGCGGUCCUUUAG